CUUAUGAAGGGCCCCUCCUCUCUAACCAAUGAUCACACACAUGCCAUCAUCUACAAAUCCUCAGACCCUCCAGUCAGGGUAAGUCUGCCCCGCCCCUUAUGAAGGGCCCCUCCUCUCUAACCAAUGAUCACACACAUGCCAUCAUCUACAAAUCCUCAGACCCUCCUGUUAGGUUCAAUCUGGAUGGGGAUCUUCCUGAAAUGUCAAACAUGGAGAUAGAGGAUUUAGAUGAGAACAUUGACCAAGCAUUUGCAAAAUUUAUGCGAGCACACAAAUGUUAUGACUUAAUUCCAACCAGUGCCAAAUUAGUUAUAUUUGACACCCAGUUAAAUGUGAAGAAGGCAUUCUUUGCAUUAGUUUAUAACGGGGUCCGGGCGGCGCCUUUGUGGGAUACCACCAAACAGGACUAUGUAGGAAUGUUAACCAUCACAGACUUUAUAAAUAUCCUACAUAAAUACUACAAAUCACCUCUGGUCAAAAUGGAUGAGUUAGAAAAUCACAAAAUUCAGACGUGGAGAGAGGAGUUACGGGAUAAACAGAGGCCGUUUGUCUGUAUCGAACCCGACGCCAAUUUGUACCAAGCCAUUAAAACCCUGAUCACCUGUAAAGUUCACCGACUUCCUGUGGUGGACCGGACGACAGGCAACGCCCUCUAUGUCCUCACUCAUAAACGAAUUCUCAGGUUCCUCUAUAUCUAUAUCAAUGAGUUGCCAAAACCCAGCUACAUGAGACAGAGUUUGGAGGAGCUGUCCAUAGGAACCUACGAGAACCUGGUGAAGGCCACACCGAACACUCCAAUCAUCAAGGCCCUGAACUUGUUUGUGGAUCACCACAUCUCAGCUCUACCUAUCUGUGACGAGGAGGGCAAAGUCAUCAACAUCUACGCCAAGUUUGAUGUCAUUAAUUUAGCAGCGGAGAAGACAUACAAUGACCUUGACAUCACUGUACAGCAGGCCCUACAACACAGAACCCAGGAGGGCUGGUUUGAGGGGGUUGUGACGUGUAAAAAGGAUGACACCUUAGAAGUGGUGAUAGAGAAAAUUGUCAAGGCAGAGGUUCAUCGGUUGAUAGUGGUGGAUGAUGAUAAGAAAAUGUUUGGAGUGGUCUCUUUGUCAGACAUCCUGAAUUUCCUAGUUCUCAAACCUUUUGGUGAUUUUGUCAACAGAAAAUCCUGAUGAGGUCCAAAUACUUCAGAAAGGAUUGUAAUUCAAUUAUACCAUCAAAAAGCAGGAUCCAUGCCCUAUACCAAUGCUGUGUGAAAUAGAGAUACACAGUGAAAAGUUCGAUCCCUGCCCGAAGACUGUGAAUCAACAACAGACAGAAACUGUCAUGCUGUUAUUAAUUGAUCUGGGGUUAUUUUUAUUGUUUGACCCCAGCAGUGGCAUGUCAAAUUUUUGGGCAUUAUUUGGAUCCAGGGAGUUUCAUGUGAUGACAUUUAGUCCUGUGUUGGUAACCAUAGUUACCAAAGCAAAAAAGAAGCUCUGGAAAAAAAUGAACACAUAUAUCUGUGAUUGUAUUGGCAGUUUUCAUGGCAACUCUUUGCAUAAAAUUCUGUUAAAAUAUACUCAGUUGUAAUCAUGCUUUAUUCAUAAAAAAAAAAAAUCUUAAAAUAGAGGAUAAAUAUUUAAAGUGAUUUUUUUUUUAGAUCCUUUCCAUAUCAUUUGAUUGUUUGAAAAUUGUAUUUUAAUCCCUAUUUUCAAUAAUUUGUGAGAAAAAAUUAUAGGGGUAAAUGUCAUGUCUGUUAAAAUUCUUGAAAGGUUCUGUAGUAUUGCAUAUCAGCAAUACCUCGGGCAUUGUAGAUCAUUGAGGAGGAUCUACAGAGCCCCUGUACACACCCUACAUUUCUCUACCUCCAACACCCUAUCAGAGAAGAUAAUGUCUGUGUUGAAUUCUGUUGUAACAUGAUUGAGAAAAAAUGGCAAUGAUAUAGAUUGAAAGAUGUAUUUGUUAAUGAAUCUGUCUGGUCCAUUACAUUUGUUGAAACAUUUUAUUAAGAUUAAACAUUUUGUGCAGAUUGAGAGAUGAAUGUGUAAAUGAAGAUGUGAAAGAGUGGUUCAUGAUGUUUGCCAAUUAACAAUGACUGUCAGACAGAUAUUGUUAACAUGUGUUUGAUUGGACAACUUUGUCAGUUAACUUUAUUUUGAUUGGAUGAUUUGUCAGUUAACUUUAUUUUGAUUGGAUGAUUUGUCAGUUAACCUUGUUUUGAUUGGAUGAGACUUGAGGCGGAUUGGCCGUUUACAUGUGACAAAUGCUGUGAUAUAAAUUACAACUAGUAUAUUUCUAGAUAGUUCAUGUUUUAGCUCAAUUGAAUGGUGGCCUGCUGAGUUCUCAAGAGAAAAAAAAAUCAUGAAAAUGUGCUUUAAUGGAAUAUUUUACUCCCUGAAUACCAAGUGCUGACGAGACAGGUUUUCUUUAUGCAACAUAAAUGCUUCUGAGAAUACAUCAGUAUAUUGGAUAAUUUUCAGUACUGAUUUAAGGGACUUUUGUGUUUGUCUGCAGUUAUCAUUAAAUAUUCUGUUGCCUGUUUUCAUAGCAAGUGCUUCUGCUAAUCUGAACACCAUCGUCCAACAUUUAAUCAAGUACUAUUUGAUCUCAGAAAGUUGAAGACUUUGUAAAUAUGUGGUGUGAAUGUAUGUAAUAUAUAUAGGAAAAAACACAAGGGUUGUCAGCAAGUGUCCCCUCAUCAUCAAAUUGAGUAUUUUUAAUUUAUGUGCACUCAAGUAUUUUAUCAGAUAUAUUUUGGCAGGGCAUCUGUACCACACAAAUACAUUAUGUGUAUAUAUAUCAACACUUGUAGAAUGAUUGUUGACAAUACUUUUUGCCAGACAUUUUUUUAUCACAUCAAUAAAUAUCAGUGUAUGUAAGGGGACUGUUUAAUUGAACCAAACACAUUAUUAAUUAAUCCUUAUGAAAACUUGUAAAUUGAUUUGAAUUUUAAUGAAAUAGACUAAAAGUGAUAUAAAUAUCUCUGUUGAAUGCUUAUUGAAGCUUUUCUGAUCAAUUUCUUGUCUGUUCUUUUAUAUUUUUUCAUUAGAGUUUAGUUAAAUUGUUUUCUUUGCUUGUCUUUGAGACUUUGACAUUGAAAUAUGAAUUAAAAAAAUCAAAUCUCUUUAAAAAAUAUUUGUUCAGUUGAACAAUUUUAGACAAUAUAAAUAUUUAGAAAUAUGUAUACAAGUUUCGCUAAUGUCAUUUUCAAGACUUUUUUCUACAUUUUACAUAACUCUUUUUUAUUGGAGAUAAAAACAGUACAUGAAUUUAAUUUUAAGUUUUAUAUUAAGAAUUUUUUGUUACACUAAAUCAGACUAGAGUUUGUGUGGCGGUAGGUGAGUGAUGUGCUCCUAUUGCUUAUUUCUGUAACUAUACAAAUGAAUGGAUAGAGAGAAUUUCAAUUCCUAGAAAAUAUGUAAAAGAAAAAAAAAUUAAAUUGGUGGAAGCUGCGCCAUCUUCAUUCCAAAAAAAGACUCAUUGAAUAUUGUUGUGAAUAGAUUUGUUUGUAUUUUGAAUAUCAUAUGUUUCACUACAGAGAGGGGCACCACUUGUGGCUCUCCGAUUCUGAUGUUGAUUUUGUUAUCUGUGGUAAAUACCAUUGUUUGUUUUCCACAGAUUUAAUUUCAUGUUCAUUGUUAGAAAGUUUGUAUUUUUUCAAAUCAUUUGUUCAAAUUGAAAUCAGUUCAUUUAUGAAAUGCUGUUUUGGGUAUCAAGUUGCAAUUUUCUUUUUCAAAUGUACAUGCCAGGACUGAAAAACUGUUAUGUAGAUAACUUACAGAGUAUUGUAGAAACAGAGAUGUCUACUCUACUUAUAGGAGAUAUCAGAAAUUCUACAUGUGUGACAUAUAUAGAUUCAACCAUCAUCUCAUUCUAACAUGUAUAAAGAAAUUGUAUCUUAUGCAAGAGAGUGGAAAGUCACAAAUGGGGGAUUUGACAAUUACUCAAGAAAAAAAAUGUUGUGCUGAAAGAAACUGACAAUAAAAUGUUGAGAACUUUUAA